AGCCACCGACGCGCUUUAUGUUCCAAACCUUUCAAAAGACACAUAGCAUUGAAACCAAAAUAAGCCACACUUCUCUUCCAAACUUUUCAUUUCAACUUUGCCUUAUCUUUAUUACUAAUAAUAAUGUCAAAGGUUAAAGCUGAUCAACUUAAUCAGUUAAGAGAAAUCUUCAGACGAUUCGACAUGGAUUCAGAUGGAAGCCUAACAAUGUUAGAGUUAGCAGCACUUAUUCGUUCAUUAGGUCUGAAACCUUCAGGUGACCAAGUUCAAGUCAUGUUAUCAAAGAUGGACUCAAACAGAAACGGUUCUGUUGAGUUUGAUGAAUUAGUAGGAGCCAUAAUGCCAAACAUGAUGAAUGAAGAGGUAUUAGUGAAUCAAGAACAACUCAUAGGUGUGUUUAAGUGCUUUGAUCGUGAUGGAAAUGGUUAUAUUUCAGCUGCUGAAUUGGCUGGAGCUAUGGCUAAAAUGGGUCAGCCUCUUACAUAUAAAGAGCUUAGAGAGAUGAUUAAAGAAGCUGAUAUGGAUGGUGAUGGUGUUAUUAGUUUUACUGAGUUUGCUACUAUUAUGGCUAAUUCUGCUUCUGAUUUAUUAGGAGAGUUUUGUCAUAGAAACAAAACACAUUCCUUUCAAUUUUAACCCUUUUUUUUUGUGUGUGUAGAUUCUUCCAAUGUUUUCAUGUUUUGUUGGAUGAGUAGCUUAUAUUGUACCAUAACUAUUUUGUGGUAUUGCUUUGAUGUAAUGGAAUUAAAAAAGAAUAAUUGGUUA